AUGGACAAAAAAACUAUAACACCUGGUAAUAUUGAUCUUGCAACUAGUGAUGAACUUGCAAAAGAAGUUGAUCCUACUGGUAUCAGAACUAUUGGAGUGAUUACCAAGCUGGACAUGAUGGGUGAAGGUAACGAUGCCAGAGCUGCGUUAGAAAACAAAUUGUAUCCAUUGAGUAGAGGCUACGUUGGUAUCAUCAAUCGUAAUCAGAGUGAUAUUGACAAAAAUAAAAGUAUUGCUGAUGCAAUUGAGUCUGAGAAAAAAUUUUUCAACGAACAUCGAGCAUAUCAAUUUUUUUCUGAUAGACUUGGGACUGCUUGUCUACAACAAAUACUUAAUGAACAAUUAACAAAUCACAUACGUGAUAAAUUACCAGCAUUACGAAACGAAAUGGAAGCUAAAUUGUCUGAUAUUAAUAUAUAUUUAGGAGAGAAAGAAUACAAGCUUAACGAUGCAGAAUCAAAAUUACAAGCUUUAUCUGAAAUGCAUAGACUUACUCUUGACAUGUUCAAUAACGAAAUCGGUUUUUAUGAGUCGGAUCAAGUAGGCAAAACA